AUGCGAGGCUGCGUGCUCGCCUUGCUCACGCGCCGCGUGCUCGCGACGCCGCUCGUCGUCCACGCCAACGGCACGAGGACGCCGCUCUCGGACCGCAUCGCGAACGAGCAGCUCUGCGAGGACGCGUCCCGCUUCCCGACGGACCCGGGGAGCACGCGCGUCGCAGUCAUUUUGCGCGGCGACGCGUUCCGCGGCCUCAGCUACGGCACGACCGUGCAGCGCGCCGUCUCCGCGAGCCACGUGCGCCACGUCGUCGAGCCCCUCGAGCGCGCGGGCCUCCGCGUCGACGUCUUCCUCGCGACCUACGGCUGCGGGGGCAUCGCGCCGCCGGCCCGCGCGGCCCGGGCCAUGGCGCACCUCGUCGAGUGGUACGGCGCGCGGCGCGUCGUGCGCGCGGAGCAGCUCCCGCGGCGCGGGUCGAGCCAGGCGACGCCCUCCCUCGUCGCGAUGCGCUGGCUCCGGGCGCUCUGGCCGCCGGGCGGCUACCGCUCCGUGCUGCUCUGGCGCUUCGACGUCGCCGCGCUCCGGCCCGUGGGCGCCGCGCCGGCGCCGGCGGCGCGCGCGGCGUCGACGCGGCCCGCCGGGGACUGCGACGCGUCGUCGGACGUCCGCGACGACUGGGAGACGCACCAUCGCCCCUACGGCUGCUGGUCCGGCGACGCGUACUACCGGUACGAGGACGACUGGGGCCACAGCUUCCCCGGGCGGCUCGCGCGGUGCGCCGUGCCGAUCUUCGAGGCGUCGUGCCUCGACAUGCGGUCCAAGCUCAUGAGCCACGAGUGCAACUUCCUGCUCGCGCGCACGUUCCGGGUGCUGACGACGCUGCCGCGGAGCUGGAGCGUCUACCGCGAGGACUACAAGCCCUACCCGGGCGGCGGGCCCGUCUGCGCGGUCCUGAGGGACGACUUCGACGGCCCGCCGUGCCCGGCCUCCGAGGCCGAGGGGCGGCGCGUCGCCUGCCGGCGCUACGCGCACGCCGCGGGGCUCGCGUCCGCCUGUGCGUCCGCCGAGGCCGCCGCGGCGGACUUCCACUGGUCGAAGAACCUCAAGUGCGGCGACCUGCUGGGCCCGGCCGACUUCGCGGAGCUCGAGGGCUGGUGGCGGCGCCACCACGACGCGGCGACGGCGGGCUACGACCACGGCGGCUUCCUGGGGGCCGAGGACGACGUCGAAGACGGCGCGCGCGCGCGCGGCCUCGCGUACGCGGCCCACCACGUCCGCGACGCGGCGUUCCGCGACGACGGCGCGAUGCAUCGAGCUCUCGCGCGCCUCUCGGGGAGCGGCGCGAUGCGACGACGAGCGCUCUCGGCGACGCCAUCCUGGUCGCGCGUCGCGCCGUCCGUCUGGGCGCACGGCGUCGACGUCGGCGCGCCCGCCGCGCCGCGGACGACGCACCGCGUCUUCGGCGGGCCGGCCGCGUUCGUGCCGCCGCGCGCCUUCGGCUACGAGCUGCCGACGUCCGGCGUGCCCGAGGUCGCCUUCGCGGGCCGGAGCAACGUCGGCAAGUCGACGCUCGUCGGCGCGCUGCUCGGCGACCCGGCGCUGCUCCGGCGCUCGAAGACGCCCGGGUGCACGACGUCGGUCAACUUCUUCGCGGUCGGCCGGCCCGGCGCGCCGCGCCGCGGCGGGCCGCGCGGCGCGGCGAGCGACGCGCGGCGCGCGGCGGCCGCAAAGCUCUUCGUGGUGGACCUCCCGGGCUUCGGCUACGCGCGGCGCGGCGGCGAGCGGCGCGAGGCCUUUGGCGCCGCCGCGCUCGCCUACCUGUCGUCGCGGCCGGGCGCCGUCCUCCGCCAGGUCUGCGUCCUCGUCGACGCGCGCCGCGGGCCCGACCCCGCCGUGCUCGAGUCCUUCUCGGAGCUGCGGGUGCCGCACCGCGUCGUCCUGACGAAGUGCGACCGCGCGUCGGCGGCGGACGUCGCGACCGCGCUCGCCGCGACCAAAGACGCGCUCGACCGGCCGCGGCGCUCGAGCCUCCUGCCCGUCGUCCACGUCGUCUCAGCGAAGACGGGCUUCGGCGUCGACGACCUCCGCCGCCACCUCGCGGACGUCGUCGUCGACGACGCCGUCGGGUAA